GGCCGCAGAUUAGUCGCGUGUGCGCAUGCGCAUGCGCAGUGUAUGCACUACUGCAGCUGUUGCUCCGCAUUCACCAGUAACUGAGGAGCGGGAGUCUUCAUAACGGUUCAAGAUGAGUAACGUUACUUCUUGGAGUGAUCGACUUCAGAACUACCCGGACCUGCCUGCCAACAUGGAUGGCUUGUCAAUGAAGAAAUACAGGCGAGAAGCCUACCACAGCUUACCAAGGGAACUGGCCCAAUGUCAUCCUGCUAUGAGAGUUUUUGUCAACAGAAGUUUGGCAAUGGAGAAGAUAAAGUGUUUUGGCUUUGAUAUGGAUUACACUCUGGCAGUUUAUAAGUCUCCGGAGUAUGAAUCUCUAGGCUUCGACCUAACUGUGGAGAGACUGGUUUCCAUUGGUUACCCACAAGAGCUUCUAAACUUUGUCUAUGACCCUUCUUUUCCAACCAGAGGCUUGGUAUUUGAUACAACGUAUGGCAAUUUGUUGAAAGUGGAUGCUUAUGGCAACAUAUUGGUUUGUGCCCAUGGUUUUAACUUCAUGCGUGGGCCAGAGAUUAGGGAACUGUAUCCAAACAAGUUUAUACAACGUGGGGAUACAGAGCGAUUCUACAUCCUUAAUACACUCUUCAACCUCCCUGAGACCUACCUUUUUGCCUGCUUAGUUGAUUUCUUCACCAACUGCUCCAGAUACACUAGCUGUGAAACUGGAUUUAAAGAUGGAGAUCUCUUCAUGUCCUUCAAAAGCAUGUUUCAGGAUGUCCGGGAUGCUGUUGACUGGGUCCAUUUUAAGGGUUCCCUAAAAGAGAAGACAGUUGAAAACCUUGAGAAAUAUGUAGUGAAAGAUGUCAAGCUGCCUCUUCUGCUCAGUCGGAUGAAUGAGGUUGCCAAAGUGUUCCUGGCCACUAACAGUGACUGCAAGUACACAGAUAAAAUCAUGACGUACUUGUUUGACUUCCCUCAUGGUCCUACAGCAGGCUCACCUCAUCGGCCUUGGCAGUCAUACUUUGAUCUCAUUCUGGUUGAUGCUAGAAAGCCUGUGUUUUUUGGGGAAGGCACAGUGCUGAGACAAGUGGAUACGACCACUGGGAGGCUAAAAAUUGGAACAUACACAGGACCACUGCAGCAUGGAAUUGUAUACUCAGGUGGUUCGUCAGACAUUGUGUGUGAUCUAUUGGGGGCGAAAGGGAAGGACAUCUUGUACAUUGGUGAUCACAUUUUCGGCGACAUCCUCAAGUCCAAGAAGCGUCAGGGUUGGAGAACGUUCCUUGUAAUUCCUGAGUUGGCUCAGGAGCUGCAUGUCUGGACUGACAAGAGCUCUCUUUUUGAGGAACUGCAGAGUCUGGAUAUUUUCCUGGCAGAGCUCUACAAGCAUUUGGACAGCAGUAGUAAUGAGAGACCUGACAUUAGUUCCCUGCAGAGAAGGAUUAAGAAAGUAACACAUGACAUGGAUAUGUGCUACGGAAUGAUGGGUAGUCUGUUUCGCAGUGGAUCCAGGCAGACACUCUUCGCAUCACAGGUGAUGCGUUAUGCUGAUCUGUAUGCUGCCACCUUCAUCAACCUACUCUACUACCCCUUCAGUUACCUGUUCAGAGCAGCCCAUGUACAGAUGCCUCAUGAGUCCACUGUAGAACACACUCAUGUGGACAUCAAUGACACCGAGUCACCCAUGGCAACACGCAACCGUCGCUCUGUGGACUUCAAAGACUACGAGUGCAAGAGGCACCAGCUGACACGGUCCAUCAGUGAGAUCCAGCCUCCUCAUCUGUUCCCUCAGACACCACAGGAGAUCACACACUGCCAUGACGAGGACGAUGAUGAGGAGGAGGAGGAGGAAGAAGAGGAGGAAGAAUAGACAGGUUUUAGAAUUAGUAUAGAAACAUGGUUAGAAAUGUUAUCAGGUUAGAAAACGGUACAUUCACCAGAGCAUUUAUUAUCCAUAGAUCAACUUUAUUCUUGGAUAAAGAGAAAAAAAUAAUUAUUUUUUUCCUGCUGUAUUAUUCAAGAUUCGGUUAUAUUUUUAGAAUUGUAAGUGUACAUUCAUGGCUUAAAAGCUUUGAGGGUGCCUUCUGUUGUUCAGGCUUUGCUUUAUAAGUGAGAUUCACUUUGGAACCCACAGUGGAACUCUCACUGACCAAACUCUCUUUUUUUUUUUUUUUUUCCCCUCCUUCCACCUCUCAUGAUCCGUGAUAACAUUGCAAAUGUUCCAGUUUGUUACCAUGCCAACUGCAUGAUACUGAGAGAACAAAUACGACUUGUAUAGUACAUUUGCCUUAUUCUUAGCAGAACCUUAAAAAUAAUAGCUGCAUGCAGUGACAUUUCAUGUGGUGAGGAGUGAGAUUUUGAGCCUCCCAGAAUUAAACCUUACAUGCAUGAUGGGAACUGUGCUCUAUUCUAGACCUCCAUAUCUCACACAGUUAGCCAAUGCCUGCUGUAACCAGUGUUGGGCCUGUGACAUUCAACAACAGGUCAGUCAUUAAGGUUUUUGUUAAGCAACUGUAUCUAUCCUAAUUGAUUUAAUUGAGCUGUUAGUACAGCUGUAUCUUUCUUGUAAUGUUUAUUUCCAUUAAUGGAAAGUGAUAUUAUGCAUAAAACGGUUCUUCUUCUACAUUACAGUUAUGUUUUUUUGUUUCUUUCUCUUUAAAAAGCUAAAAAAAAAAAAAACAAUACAAUUGAGAUAACUGCCAUAUUAGAUAUCCGUUCUGAGUAAAACACAGCCACACAGUUUGAGUUACUCAGCAGCUGUGCUAGGAAGGCAACUGCAUCAACGCAAAAAUCUCCGCAGCCAUAAAUGAGGAGUGCAUGGCAUUAGUUGCCUGCAUGCAGAUGCAAGAUUACCUCACUGCUUCACAGUGUAUUUUGAUUAUGCAUCAUCAUGCCUUAAGCCAUGUAAAGUACUAUAAAAGGCGUUUAGAUGUUUAGAUAUUCAGCUGUUCAGUCUAAUGCUGAAUCUGAUUUUCUGUUCUACCUUCUUUUUUUUUUUUUUUUUUUUUUGGAAAUGUCCAACUGCUGGAUUCUCAUUGUGUUCUUUUUCCUGAUGUGCUACUGCAGUGCUGCUUCUCCCAAAAUAGUCUAUCCUGUGUCUAUCCUGGACUAGUGAUUAGAAUGAUUUAAAAAGGCUCUACUUUGACCCAAUUUCUUUGUUUUUAUUGCCUGCUAGUCAUGGACACUUGUAGACCAAAUGGGACACAAUUUGUGUGUAAUCAUUCAGUUUUGAUUUAUUGUACUUGACUCCUGAUUAACUUGGUUCUUGAUCGGCCCUCGUCUCACGCAGUACUGCUUGUUCUAUAUGCAUCGAAUAUAUUUAUGCAGAUGUGAAUUUGACCCUAACAUCAACAGCCACAUGCUGACGUUACAACAGGAAAUUAUAAUAAUUAAGCAAUAUAAAUCUGUUGAGUGAAAAAUGAUUUGAAUGAAAAACGCAGAUUAAAUGAUCUUGCCUUGCUCUUGCUGUUCCUUUGAUAUGCUGACUGCUGUACUGUAUAUAUAUCCAGCCAUACAGUUGCAUGUGUUCUGUGCACUUUUGAACAAUCUCAUCCAUCAGUGUUGCUGAUAAAAGGAGACCUUAUUUUUCUGACCUUUGGUGAUUUGGUUUGCUCUGGCAGCUGAGAGCAGGAACAUGGCCACAAUCAAAGACUGCUUUACUGUUAUGCCUGUUAUGUGUGGGCUUAGCAGGCCUGUGAGUCACACUGGCUUGUAAUUGUUUCAUUACAUAAAGGAAAGGCACAAUUAUGCCUUUCUUUUCAGAUUUGUUAAAAAGGUGUGAUCUGUUUUGGUUAUUUUGUUUGUGGGUGUUUGGUUUGGGAUGUUUUUUUUGUUUGUUUGUUUUUUUUUUUUUUGCAUUGAUUACAGUGCAAAUGUGUAGAGUGAAAUCAUAAUUUGUAUUAUACAAUCCACUAAGAACAGCCUCAUCUCAGAAGAGGUAUUCAUUAGCCUGCAGAUCAAGAUCUAGAUCUAGACUGCACUACCGAUUGAACCCUGUUUAUAUUUGGUCCUUUUAUGACAAUGUUUGCAUCUGUUUGCUUCAUCUUGAGUUUUGAGAAUCCGGAUUAUAUCUGGAUAUAGUUAGAAAUGUGUGUAAAUGCUGCUAAGAAGCAUUCAAAUUGUAUGCAAAUGAUAAUUCUUAAACCACUCAACAACAAAUGCUAUAGCAGUGCAAACACAUCCCUUCCUUCAAGAUGCAUUUGGCAACUGAAACAAUCCAGAUACUAGUCACAUUGUGUGACCAGGUCUAAACAGACCUGAAUAGAUCUGAAUAAAGCCAAGCCAAGACAUGCAAGUGUAAAUGCACCUCCUAAAACUGAUAGAAAUUCAGUUGCUUUAACCACACAUGAGACCUUUGAGCCACGUUAAUGCUGUGUAAACACAUCUGACCCUUCAAGACACAUUCAACAUGCAUAAACUGAAUUGAUAUUUGAUUAGAUAUAUUGGUUUAUAGUCUACAUUAAAAUUAUAGAUAUAAAAAGGGGUUUAUAGAGGAUUAUAGACUGCUCACACUGUUAAAGUGCCUCUGAAGAAGCAGGUGCAGGGAGGAGGCUAAGAACAAACAGCAGGCAUAUAAAGAUAUGGCAAGAGCCUAGUCAUUUUUUUCCUUUUUUUUUUUUUUUUACAAUUAAGUGUUUUUUGUUGUUUUCUUUUAAAUAUUGUGUUUUACAAGAUAUUGUCAUUUUUGCCUAGGUUUAGGCAAAAAAACAAAAAGAAAGAAUGUGUCAUGGAUAACGUUUAUAAUCUGUAAUCAAUUACUGUAGAAAUAAAGACUAUUUCUCUUA